GCCAGACGUCAGCCUUCGUGUGGCGUCGAGGUGUAAAGUUUCAAGUGGUUCAAAUGUUCACCUGUCCUUCUCACUAAUCCUCCGCCUUGCGAUGUUUCUUUGCAACCCCCGACCGUCUUGAAAACUGCCUCUGUGGACAGGCGAGGGGGCUCUCACGAUGUGGCAUGCCGAGCACCACGCGCCCCUACAUAGGAGAGAGGCUUGGAGCUCCAAAGAGAUACGUCUCUUACCUAGCGGGAGAUUCACAACCCUUCUUUAUUCCACUCAUUAUCAGAUGACCUCCAGCUUGAGCACUCUCACCGAAUGUCAGCUGGGGAUACCGACACAAAAUUGUACAGUCUGGCACUCAUUCAUGCAUGCGCGCAGGACUGUGGCUGCAAGACUCGCGUGUCUCAUCGCGAUACCGCGGACUCGGGCGCAUGCACCACCAUGCCUGUGCAUCGAUGAUGUGUGGCUGAUGAUGGCAGCCAAGCCUUCAGAGCUCGACCACAGGGCUCUUCUCCCUUUCUCCUCCCCCGGACCACCACCAUCCACAACACAGCAUCCCUGCCCCUGCAGCCCCCGACAGCACACCCGAGAUCAGCACAGGUUUUCCCUGUUUUCCCACCAGCCCCAAUGACGUAGCCUGCACAAAGGCAGCCACCGCGAAGCCACACCUUUGACCUCAUACCACAGCCUCAAGGCAGCCGACACACAUCAAGUGGACAUGAAGUGGUGCUGGGUGAUUGGUGGAUUGGGUUUGAGAGGAGGACUUUAGACUGGGCAGGCAACUCGU